AUGCCUACCGUUGAUUUCUCCUCCUUCUCCAACAUAAUUAAUGGUAAAGCUAGGACGUCAGGUGAAAAAACUCAUGGAAUUCAUCCAUUCGACCGAAAACCAUUGUGGGAUGUGCCGCUUGCUUCCAAAACCGAUAUCCAAGAAGCCGUAAUAGCAGCAAACAAAGCUGUCAAAACGUGGUCCAAGACGAUAAUUGAGUAUAGACGGGGACUUAUUAGCAAAUACAGGGACUCAUUCUUAUCUCACCUGCCGGAUAUCAAAUCCCUUCUUCAGAAGGAGGCUGGAAAAACCAGCGCCGUGGCAGACGCGGAGCUGAGUGACGCAGUCGCUCUGUUCGAUCACCAUCUCACUCUGAGCCUGCCAACCGAGGUACUGGAUCUAGAGGAUAGAGUGGUCACAACAAAAUACGUCCCCGUUGGGGUCGUGGUUGCCAUCUGCCCCUGGAACUUCCCCAUUGUCUUGUCCAUUGGAAAAGUUCUCGCUGCCCUGCUUACCGGCUGCAGCGUCAUCGUGAAGCCGUCCCCGUUCACUCCGUACACGGCCCUGAAACUGGCCGAGAUUGCUCAAAGUAUCUUUCCUCCGGGUGUCGUACAGGCAUUGUCGGGUGACGAUUUGCUCGGUCCAUCGCUCGUGGCGCAUCCCGAUGUCCACAAGGUCGCUUUUACGGGUUCGACUGCCACCGGAAAGAGAAUCAUGGCGCUCGCAGCCAACACGGUAAAGCGAGUUACUUUGGAAAUGGGUGGCAAUGAUGCCGCGAUCGUUCUCCCCGACGUCGAUAUCGCCAAAGUCGCUCCUCAAGUCACCAUGGCGGCUUUAUUCCACUCAGGCCAGGUUUGUGUCGCCACAAAGAGAGUCUAUAUCCAUCAAGAUAUCUACGAUCAAUUCGUGGCGGCAAUGGUGGAAACCAUGAAGGGGUUGACUAUUGGCGAGCCGGACAGCCUACUAGGGCCAAUCCAGAACAAAAUGCAGUAUGACCGCAUAAACCGCUUCCUCGCCGAGUUAUCUUCUGGUGAUGGUGAACAGGGACAUGCCUUGAUCAGUACAGAUCAUUCUUUUGGAGAUCGUACUGGAUACUUUAUCGGUCCACACAUUGUGAACGAGCCACAGCAUGAUUCGACAAUCGUAACCGAGGAGCAGUUUGGACCCAUUAUUCCGACUCUAAAAUGGUCCACAGAGGAAGAAGUUCUUGGCUAUGUCAAUGGCACAAAAGCCGGUCUUGGGGCAUGUGUUUGGAGUUCUGACAAAUCUCGUGCCGAGCAAAUAGGUCAGCGUAUAGAGGCUGGAAACAUCUUUAUCAACUCCGGUCCUCAAAUCAUUGCCAAGGGUCUGUUUUCGGGACACAAGGAAAGCGGGCUUGGUGGCGAAUGGGGGACUACAGGUAUACUUGGAUAUUGUAAUGUUCAAGUUACCCAUGUAUUCAAGAGUAGUUAG